AUGUGUGUCAGUUUCAUAAUUAAAAGGCUUCGCACAGGAUGGAGCGCGGCUCGGAGCGACCCCCCGCUGACUCCGAGUGAGCGCGACGCUAUAGCCGCUGUCGUCAAGCGAGCUGAGAAACUGGAUGAGGUGGAAGCUAAGCGAGUUGGCCGCCUCGUUGCUAGACUUGAAGGAAUGCGAAGAUCUGCGCAAGGCCCUGCCCCACGAUGCUGUAUUUUGUGCGGCGAGACUUCUAAACUACUUGCUCCUUUACGUACGUGCUCUAUAUGCCGAAAUUCUGCCUGCCCCAAAUGUGUUAUCGAUACUCUACACCAAAGGUCAUCAAUUUACUCAAGAGAACAAUAUAUGUGUAACCUCUGCGCCGAAACUCGAGAAAUGUGGAAAAAGUCAGGCGCAUGGUUCUUCAAAACCUUACCGAAAUAUAUAUUACCCGAUAGAAAAUUUACCGGAAGGUACAAUGACUCGGAACUCGCUAAAUCACUACAGGAACAUGCGGGAAACAGUAGUAAUGAAGGUAAGACUGAUUCUGAACCUGGCUCACCUCUCAGCAUACAUCCUCCAACAUUUUCAAGGCAACCGAGCAACACCGAUAGCAGAAAAUCUGUUAAUUUAUCACAGGACCACGAAUGGUGCGAAACCGAUAUUCUAUCUCAUGGAGUCAGUGGCCUCAAUCUUCAUAGAACAGAUAGCCUUAACCAACGUUCCUUAGGCUUAAAACGUACAGGCAGCAAAGGAAGCGCUUACAGUCUUCGAAACAUUAGGAAGGAAAUGCCAAAAUCGACAACACAAAUAGAAAGACCACCAACAAUCCCUGAUGCAGGUUAUGGGACGCUUGAAAUUAAAUUAGCGUACGAUAAUGGUACAUCUUCAGUGGCAGUAACAAUAUUACGAGCAAGAGGCCUUAUUGGCAUGGACAUGACUGGACUCUCUGAUCCAUUCUGUAGAUUAGAAGUACUGCCACGAGAAGGAACAUAUUCAAAUAGACUACGAACAAAGACGGUACAUAAAACUAAAAAUCCUGAAUUUAAUGAAACUUUACAUUUCUUUGGAAUAACAGAAUCUGAUCUUGCCAUUAAAAGCUUAGAAAUAGUUUUAUUCGACGAUGACAGAUAUGGGUGCGAUCAGAUGGGUUCAGCAACAGUCCCUCUUAGAGAAUGUCUUAAAUCACCUGCACAAUUACGCCUUGCAUUAUCAGGAGCGUCUGGUUCCGAAGCAACUGGACCUAGGUUAUUGUUGGCGCUAUGCUACAGUACUAAGAAACGCGCGCUAGUUGUUACCAUCUGUAGAGGAGCUGAUCUGCCACCGCAAGACAGUAACGGAUAUUCGGAUCCAUUUGUAAAAUUGCACCUAGAUCCAGAUCCAUACCACAAAAAACAUAAGACUUCCAUUAAAUGGCGAAACCUGAAUCCCGUCUGGAAUGAAGAGUUUCUAUUCGAGACGCGACCGACUGAGCUUUCCCGCCAAAAUUUGACGUUGACAGUUUGGGAUAAAGAUUAUGGUAAACCCAACGACUUUCUCGGCAGUUUAGUUCUUGGCGCCACUAGCAAGGGUCGAAGAUUGAAGCAUUGGAUGGAUUGCAUUAAGUUUCCUGAUCAUCGUCACGAACAAUGGCAUUCUUUAACCGACACACAGCAUUUG